AUGGAACUCUCUCUUCUCACCCAUCAGCACAAUCCUUUCCUCGCCUCCAAUCUCUUCACAAGUAACUUCUCUCUUUUCAACUCCAAAGAAACACACAAAAAACUGUUCAACAAAAAUUCAAAUAGGUUAUUCCCAUGUAGCUGUUCACAUUCUUCUUCCAGUAGUGCUUCUGUAGAACCAGUUACUGAAGGAAGAAGAGCAUUACUCACUUGUUUCCUCACAACAUUUGCUGGAGUCUAUGCAUGUGAUGUGGCGGAAGCUGUUAGCACUAGUAGAAGAGCGCUAAGAGGAGCUAAAAUUCCUGAGAGUGAUUUCAAAACCUUGCCAAAUGGUUUGAAGUACUAUGAUUUGAAGGUUGGAAAUGGAGCUGAAGCUGUGAAAGGAUCGCGUGUCGCAAUUCACUAUGUUGCUAAAUGGAGGGGAAUCACAUUUAUGACUAGUAGACAAGGAAUGGGCGUUGGAGGAGGAACGCCCUAUGGAUUUGAUGUAGGCGAAUCUGAGCGAGGAAAUGUCCUAAAAGGUUUGGAUUUAGGAGUAGAAGGCAUGCGAGUUGGAGGCCAGAGGCUGUUAAUUGUUCCUCCUGAACUUGCCUAUGGAAGCAAGGGAGUUCAAGAAAUUCCUCCAAAUGCAAUAAUAGAGGUGGAUGUUGAAUUGCUUGCCAUUAAACAAAGCCCAUUUGGGACUGCUGUAAAGAUUGUAGAAGGCUAA